GCAGCAUCAGAGUGUAGUUAAGACCUGUACACUAUCCCACAGUAUACCAUUCGAGAUCAGACCACAGGACCAGUUCUUCGCCGACAUCCACAGUGAGAUAGCUGUGACUAAAGAUGGAGGGAGAGAGCAGAACACUAGAACCAGGUACCGAAAAGCAACCGGCAAGCAUGGGUCCACUGACAGCCCAACAACUGGCAGCUAUAGAGGAUGAAGAAAUCCUCAAUAAUAUGUUAGAUAAGGCUGUGGAUUACGAGGAGAGGAAAAUGAUCCGGGCUGCCAUGAUAGAACUGCUCAAGAGGAAGAGGGAACGGAGAGAUCAGGAGCGGGCAGCUCGAAUGGAGCACUUGCGUCAGCAGGGCAACGGAGGCAAGACAGCUGCUGGAAUAAAAAAGGACCAGAAACCUGCUAAUUGCCCGAGUGGCGCGCAGUACAAUGCACACAGGACAGCUCAGGCAAAAACAUUUUCACGACCAACCUCUAGUUCGUCUCCGAAAACUGUGGGCAGCCCGGCUCAAACCCACGUGUCCAGGGUUAAAGUCCAGCGUGGCUCCGCAGCCAGUGGCCCGAACACCAAAGAUGUCAAACAGAUGCUGCUGGACUGGUGCCGGGCCAAGACUGAACCAUAUGAGGGUGUGAAUAUCCAAAAUUUCUCUUCUAGCUGGGCAGACGGUCUGGCAUUCUGUGCCCUGGUUCACAGGUUCUUCCCAGAGGGCUUUGAAUAUGGCACCCUCGACCCUUAUGAUCGCAGGGCCAACUUUGAGAAGGCAUUCAAGACUGCCGAGAGACUAGCUGAUUGCACUCCACUCCUGGACGUUGAUGACCUAAUGCGAAUGCGAGAGCCCGAUUGGAAGUGUGUGUACACGUACAUCCAGGAGUUCUACCGCUGCCUUGUAGAAAAAGGCCUUGUCAAGACUAAAACAAAGACACCAUAAGAACAUAUAUUUGUGCACAUUGACCACUGACCAAAUAACUAUGACAGGCACAUAACAUGGCACACAUGUGACCCAACCAAGGGCGUAGAUUUGGCUUGAACAUGGGGGGGAAUGCAAGAUAUGAAGAGAAGAAAUAUCUAUAGAAUCUGUAUAUAGAAGAAGAUACUAGAUAUAAAUUCAGCCCAUUAAUAAUUGGCGGUUUCUCCGCUUGAGCUGUGUGAUUAAACACAGGCAAAAUGAACUGCUUCAAAACGGGGUAAAUACCUCAUUCAAACGCAUCCUAUUUAUACAUGAUUUUAAUCACUAUAGUAGCCAAUAAACACAGCAUAUAUGUAAUAUAACAACUUACAUCUGCACAGUGAAACGAACGAACAGGUGAACUUGAACUAAAUGGCGCGCUAGUCAGAAUGUUGCGUAAUUCGCGUUGCGUAACUUGCGUUGUGAAUACACCGUAAGAAACACACUACACGCAAUAUCCUUUCACGGAAAAUGAAUAAGUCUCUAAAGCAUGAAGAAUUCAGAGUACAGUUGGCUAACUUCUAAAAAGUAGCUAAUCAACUAUAAUAGACAGUAGGCUAUGUAUAGUUAUAUGUUUGAUUCAUUUUUAAUUUAGAAAAUGUUUUUCCCUAAAUGUUUGAAUAUUUGAUUAAAGUUUAGUCUGUUACAGUUUGACACACUUUUUUGUCCAUUUUGCACAUCGUCGUCAAUUAAAAGAUUUUAUUUUCGUCAGACUAAAAUGGACUAAAACUAAUGAAUAUGAGACGACGAAAUAUUGAAUCAUUUUAAAGGACAUUUUUUUCAAAAGACUAAAACUAUGACUAAAACAAAAAACUGUGAAAAAUAACACUGGGGGUGGGGGGUUAUCCCCCGCCCCCCCACACCCGGUAUCUACACCCCUGGACCCAACAGAUAAGACUGUUCACUGGAAACUGCUGUGUUAGAACAUUUCUUCCAUCUAAAUUCGAACCCAAUGUGUUGAAUUCCAAACAAGAAUUCCAUACAGCGAAUGUUUAUGCCCCGAAAAACACCUGCGCUGUGCCUUUGAUGUCACAUCCCUUUGAUUUCUGGCUAGUGAGAUUUAUACUGUACCUCCUUUGCAAAGAAAUAAGUGAAAGAACACAAUGUUUGACUCAGUACUGUUAGGUUUAGGUUUAGGGUUUGGGUUAGAAGGAUAUUAAAUGAAUGUUCCAGGUUCAAUACAAGUUCAGCUCAGUCAACAGGAUUUGUGGUAUAAUGUUGAUUACCACAAAAAUAAAUUUUGACUCGUCCAUCUGUUCUUUAAAAGUAUGCAAAAAAAUGUCAUACUCCCUGAAAGAUAUCACUGAAAUAAGUAUCAUGAGAUAUCUCACCGGUCUCUGUGACAACUCUAGACUCAGUAAACAGCAAACAAAAAUGUAUCUGCGGGCCGCAGUCUCUGACGCUUUCUUCCUGUCAAUAAUUUUUUGCAUUCUCACAGUAUUGUAGUUGCAGCAAAUUAUUGAGGCAUAAUGACAUUUUUAUGCCAUGUUUUUCAUACCAGUUGUCAGUUGAGUUGUCAGUUGUUCUGCUCGGUGUCGGUCUCUACGGAAUUUUUCAUGUGUGGGGUGUGGCAAAUUAAAUGGCUCCACUAGUGGAUAUUCCAGAAUGGCAAAAUCACUUACAGCACCUUUAAAUAAAACAAAAAUCUGUUACAGUGAGGCACUUACAAUGGAACUGAAUGGGGCCAAUCCUUAAAUGUUAAAAUACUCACCAUUUCAAAAGUAUAGCAACACGACAUAAACUAUAUGCUUAACAUGAUUUUAGUGUGAUAAAAUCGCUAACUAACCUUUUUUGUGUAAAGUUAUAUCCAAUUUUAUUACUUCAUUGCUAUGACAUUGUUACACUGUAAACCCCAUAAUCCCGCAAAAAACGAUGAUUUAAACAACUUUACAGCUAAUAAAUACACGUUUUAACAGAAGAAUUAAUGUUAGUGCUUUUAUAAAAUGAUAAGCUUCACAUUUCUUGCUUUAAACCCUCCAAAACGUAGCCUGAUUCACUUCCAUUGUAAGUGCCUCGCUGUAACCUCGAUUUUUGCUUUUUUUAAAUAAAAGGAGGGAUGAGUCAAAAUGAGGUUUUAUGGUAAUCAAUAUUUGCGCUGUGCCUUUCACAUGACAUCCAUUCAAAAGUUUCAUUCGUAUAAUAUUCGCUAAUGUCUUGUGCUUGCGCAAAGGUGCGUAUGCGCAACUGUAGUUACAGCCUCGGCCUCUGGGAAAGUCGGAAAGCAUACACCAGUUUUAUCAGACAAAAAAUUUGACCUCCUUUUAGUGAUUUUCCUGCAAGAUCAAUCUGAUCCAACCUGAAACAACUUUUACCUAAGAUCAGAUAAACUGUCUCAUUUGUACUUAUUUUAUGUGUUUACAUCUCUCUUAUGUUUAAUGUUUUUAAAUGCAAUGGAUGAGAAUUAUAACCUGUGUUUGGCAUUAGGGUACAGCUGGGGCUCUAAAACAGAGCAUUCCACUGAGAUUACACAUGCAUUAAUCUCUCUCUAUGCUCAGAGAUUGUGUAAAAGUAUGUGUGUGUUUAUGUGGAUGUGGCUUUUUAUGGUACUGCUACUCUGUUUUGAAUGCACUCCAACACAAAUACAUCAGUCUUAUAAGGGAAUAAAAUCUAAUUUGGAAUUAUGCUUAACCCAGAUUUAUCUCUUGUUUAAAACUAUAGACAGGGGCACUUUCACCAUUAUAUAAAAUAUUUUAGAAAAGAAAACAAAGUCACAAGUCCAUCUAGCAUCUGCAAGGCUGAAUAAAUUGUACUUUACCCUAUAAAUGCAUAAGAGAACUAAGGUACAAUAUAACCUCUUACUCAGGGAUAGACAGGUUCUCGGAGUCUGUAUGAAGCCUGUAAGUCUUAUUUCAAAUGGCCGAUGCUAACUUUCAAGUGCUUAUAAAAUGUCCUUGACAUGCUGCAUGGCUAAUGAGUUAAGUGCACUCUAGAUGUGUAUUUUGAAUAUAGAUAUUGAUACUCCCAUUCAAGCAAAUAAAAUUGGUGCAUUAUUGUUUCCAGUGCUUUGUGAAGUUAUAAAAUUACAGUUGCUGUCAAUUUAUAUCAGUUUAUGUUCGAAUAAAUUAUUUUCCUCACUGUUUGCCAAAUAUUAUUGAAUGUGA